CGCAGUAGAGUCCAUUCACUCCAGUAGUCCAGCACACCCCCCGGCACACGCGCACACAGGGAUCAUGCGAAACCUCAAGAACCUCGCGAGCAGCGUCUCUCGAUUGUAGGAGACGUCUUUGGACCGGAGCUAGGGCAGGAAGAGGACAACCAUGGUGUCGAUGGUCCUGGGUCACAAGACGGGCCAGAGCGACGCCAAGUGCCAUCACCGGAGGCACGACGAACACCCGCAUCACCUCUCCCCAUUCCCCUUCCCGCGGCCACCCCUCCUCUCCUGAUCAUCGAACCUUCUCUUUGAUCGAUCUUGUCACCUCUUCUUUUCUCCUUGGAGUCUUUGAGAAUUUCGCGUCGAGGCACAGCUGGGAAGCAUGAGAAGGCCCAGCGACUGCGGCGGCGGCGGCUCUGGCGGUGGUAGUCCCGCAUCCCUCCUCCCGAUGGUCGCCGAUGGUGAUGGCUUUGGUGGUGUCGGGAUGGAGGAAGAGAUGGAUGGGGACGAGGACAUGGUGAUGUGCGGCCGCGGCGGCGGUGGCGCCGGGGAGAAGAAGCGGCGGCUGAGCGUGGAGCAGGUGCGCGCGCUGGAGCGGAGCUUCGAGACGGAGAACAAGCUGGAGCCGGAGCGGAAGGCGCGGCUGGCGCGCGACCUCGGCCUGCAGCCGCGCCAGGUCGCCGUCUGGUUCCAGAACCGCCGGGCCCGGUGGAAGACCAAGAAGCUCGAGCGCGACUACGCCGCCCUUCGCCACUCCUACGACGCGCUCCGCGCUGACCACGACGCGCUCCGCCGCGACAAGGACGCCCUCCUCGCCGAGAUCAAGGAGCUGAAGGGGAAGCUCGGGGACGAGGACGCCGCGGCGAGCUUCUCGUCGGUGAAGGAGGAGGAGCCCGCCGCGUCCGACGCCGACCCCCCUGCCGCCACGGGCGCGCCGCAGGGCUCGUCCGAGAGCGACUCUAGCGCGGUGCUGAACGACGCGGAGCACCUGCCUGACAAGCCGGCGGCGGUCGCGGCCGCCGUGGCCUCGGAGGAGGCGGUGACCGGGGCGCUGCUCCACCACGCCGAGGUGUUCUUCCACGGGCAGCUGCUCAAGGUGGACGACGACGAGGCCGCGUUCCUCGGCGACGACGGCGCGGCGUGCGGUGGCUUCUUCGCCGACGAGCAUCUCCCGUCGCUGCCGUGGUGGGCCGAGCCCGCCGAGCAAUGGACCACCUAGCUAGCCGUGCCGCCGUGGAGUCUCUGCUUAUUUGGCUGGUGGCCUGGUGCGAAUAAAAAAUCUGUAGGGGGUUUUAUGAAAAAUUUUGUAAAAUGAAAUUGUAUCUAGUCCUUUUUGUCAAAAAAAUUCCUCCCGUACCAGCACACGUGGCCGGUGAGCUAGAAAUGGCACUUCUGGCCUUUUUCUCCUGCA